AAGGGCAGCCGGAAGCCCCUCCGUGGGUCCGGGCCGUUGACGGAGUGGCUGUUCGUGACCGUCACGCUCGCAUCUAUUCCCACGCGCAGCCUCCAGUCGCAGCAUGGCGUCCGAAGAACUUGCCAAGAAGCUGCAGUCGCGGUUCGUUGCCAUGGAGGACACAGAACCGAGGCCCGAACUCAGCCCGGCCCGGUCCACACCGCGGGAGCCCGAGCCCGACGGCGGAGAGGAGGGCUCCGAGCUGUCCGCCAAACUGCACCGCAGGCUGGACAUCAACGACGGGGCCGCAGUUCCGCGCGCGACCCGGGUCUUCAACCCCUACACCGAGUUCAAGGAGUUCUCCCGGCGGCAGAUCAAAGACAUGGAGGCCAUGUUCCGACGGUAUGACACGGGGAAGGACGGCUUCAUCGACCUGAUGGAGCUGAAGCUGAUGAUGGAGAAGCUGGGGGCUCCACAGACCCACCUGGGUCUGAAAAACAUGAUCAAAGAGGUGGAUGAAGACUUUGAUGGCAAGCUGAGCUUCAGAGAGUUCCUGCUGAUCUUCCGCCGGGCAGCAUCUGGAGAGCUGCAGGAGGAGAGCGGUCUGAUGGCACUCGCCAGGCUGUCCGAGAUCAACGUGUCCACAGAGGGAGUGAUGGGGGCCAAGGACUUCUUUGAGGCAAAGGCGCAGGCUCUGUCUCAAGGCAGCAAAUUUGAGGCUGAAAUUCGUGAGGAGAAAGAGGAGCAGAAACGACAGGAGGAGGAGAAAAAGCAGCGACAAGCCGCCUUCAAGCAGCUGCAGUCCACCUUCUGCUCGUGACUGUCAGACGGCGGCGCCCCUGAACACCACGCUCUGGUGUCAGACGUAGCUUCACCCCACGCACAGCCCCUCCCCACGGUUCAAGUAGACCCCGCCCUGUCCUUCAGAAAAUGGGCAGCUAAACCUCUGCUUCCCCUCACAACGGCUCUGGGGUCUCGCUCUGACGUGUACUUCAUGUCCUGCUGCCUGUGAAGCAUCUUAACGGCAGCCGUGCUCUGUGUCACAGCAUGUCGUUUUAACCUUUGAAUUUAACCAAGUUAGCCUCCUGAAGCAGGGAGCUGGGAGAACUAUGUGAGCUAAGUCCUCACAAAACCGGAAGAACAAACAGAGACGGUUCAGAGACGGUUCUUUGGUGAUCAAUACAGUUCUUUGACGAUCCAGAGACGGAUCUUUGACGGUUCCUUGGUUCUCUAGAGGCGGUUCUUUGGUGAUCAGAGACGGUUCUUUGGUGAUCAGAGACGGUUCUUUGGUGAUCAGAGACGGUUCUUUGGUGAUCAGAGACGGUUCUUUGGUGAUCCAGAGACGGUUCUUUGGUGAUCAGAGACGGUUCUUUGGUGAUCAGAGACGGUUCUUUGGUGAUCCAGAGACGGUUCUUUGACGGUUCCUUGGUUCUCUAGAGGCGGUUCUUUGGUGAUCAGAGACGGUUCUUUGGUGAUCAGAGACGGUUCUUUGGUGAUCCAGAGACGGUUCUUUGGUGAUCAGAGACGGUUCUUUGGUGAUCCAGAGACGGUUCUUUGGUGAUCAGAGACGGUUCUUUGGUGAUCCAGAAACGGUUCUUUGGUGAUCCAGAGACGGUUCUUUGGUGAUCCAGAGACGGUUCUUUGGUGAUCAGAGACGGUUCUUUGGUGAUCCAGAGACGGUUCUUUGGUGAUCCAGAGACGGUUCUUUGGUGAUCCAGAGACGGUUCUUUGGUGAUCCAGAGACGGUUCUUUGGUGAUCCAGAGACGGUUCUUUGGUGAUCCAGAGACGGUUCUUUGGUGAUCCAGAGACGGUUCUUUGGUGAUCAGAGACGGUUCUUUGGUGAUCCAUAGACGGUUCUUUGGUGAUCCAGAGACGGUUCUUUGGUGAUCAGAGACGGUUCUUUGGUUCUCUCGAGGCAGUUCUUUGGUGAUCAGAGACGGUUCUUUGGUGCUCCUGCGAUGGUGUCAUGGGGAGCCACCUGUGCUCUGUGGUGGGUUUCUUUGGUUUUUAGCCUGAAUGCUCCACACAGGGGAGAUGUGUUAAAACGACCAACCAGGAAGUGUCCUGCUGCUCCUCCAGAGCUGCAUCAGUGAUACAGUUACUUGUUCCAGUGAAGGAAAUGGGCUGGUCGCUUACAUUAGGAGAACAGGAGGUGGCUCCUCCCAGUCCCCACAGCUCGCUGGGCAAAGAGGGAGCCCGUUGCUAUGGAGAUGUUGGCAGAAUUGAUCUGAACAGUGAAGCAAUGAACCCCCACCAUUGAUAAUUAGGUAUUUUUCAAUCAAAAAAGUCCAGCUGACUGACACUUCUUUGAGUUUCCUGCGAUGUCUGUCUACUGUGGCCUGAACUGUCCGGAAGUGUCUGGCUGUCUUCCACGUGUGCUCCCACCGGCACGUCACCACUAACCCUGAAGCUACCGCACGCCGGCCGUGUGUGGCGCCUUCAAGAAUGGGCUGUUGAACAGGCUUUUAGCAUACGGUGUUCAAACAGGUCUGUCACUACCCGGUACCAGCGCAUGUACUCACAGUUGGAAGAGGCUUUGGCAAAAUGAUGAAGCGGUGCAAAUCUGAUGAAUCUUGUUCCAGGCUUUGUCUUUCCCAGCUCUAUUCUGAGAUGUAAAAGACGUGGAGUCAUAGAAUUCCAGCCGGACACAAACUUCAUUGUUUAGAAAAGGACACUGUCCUUACGUCACUACCAAAGCCGAGUCCCUGAUUGGUCAGAGUUUAACUGGUUUCACUGUUAGUUCCGAUGCUGUGCGAUUUGUACGAAGAGCCUGAAAACAGACUUCAAAUCUUGGGGAGCUACGCAUAAAUGCACGAGUUUUGAACGCGGAAGCCUGAAAUGUGCAUCUAUACGCAUAGACUUUUUAAAGGAAGCAGCCGCUCAACCGCACCUUUCCCAGCCUGCAGUGAACGCAGCAUUACUAGGAGUUUUUGUUGGCAGUGCUUGUUAUUUACAGAUAGAUUUUGUUUAUGUUCUCACAAACGCCACAAUCCAACUUCCAGUGGUAAAUUUAGCCUUUUUUAACAGCCAAAAUAUUCCCAAAAUUGAGAUCAAGCUGUUUUUAUGUCAUACAAGAAAAGCUAAAGCUAAAUCCACAAAGAAAGUAAAGACAAAGUGAAAAGUGUCUAAACAGAUGGGUGAAGCUCAAAGUUCCAUGGUUUUACUCCAAAGGGUUUCACCAUCGAGUGUCAUGAGUCGUUGGAAACAAACUAUUUCAAAGCUCAGAACUUUUUUGAAAGCUUGUUAAAUUAGGAACUAAAAUAAUGCAAAUGGGGGGGGGGUUGUCCCUGCAUUAUUGUAAAGUGAAACUCAGCGCUGAGUUUAAAGACCACUGAUGACAGGAAGCCAGAGCCGUCUCUGGUUCUGGUCCAAUGAAACCAGAAGAACCGUCUCUGUUUGAUGAUGUGAGCACAUUCCGGACUCUGCGGGACUCCGCCCCCUCAGGCCACAUGACCUCCAAGCAUGUCGUCUCCAGCACGUUUGCUGUUGGUUCCUGCUGUGAUCCUGUCCUCGUGUCUUCCUGUUUGUCCUGCAAGGAUUCUGGUGUUUGCUGCAGGUCUUCUGCGCUCAGAGGGAACAAGUCCGCUCUGUUGACUGACCGGCUCCUCGGGUGGAAACUGGGAAGCCAAGAACCGGAUCAGCACUUUCCAGCAUUCCUGUGCGCUCAGUGUUCACACAUACGUAGCAGCUACUUUAACUUACCUCUGCAGUGUUCUUUGUGAGAAGAAGUGAUGUCUUUUGGUUCCAAUCGUUUACAGUGUUAGUAGUUUUAGUAGGGACUGAAAUGUUGCCAAAUCUAACAAAAGUGAAGGAAAUCUAUUUUUUUGGCAGUUGUAUAGAUGUGUUGUUCUGCUCCCAGUGGAAUGGAAAUCUGUAACUUUAUUAAAGUACUGAUGACGUCA